AUGGGCAGCAUGUGCGGCACCGUGGACUUCUGGAUUUUAAUCGCCUUCAGUAAUCUCGGCCAUGUGAACGGGGCAUAUCAGUGGAAUGGGGUCUACAGCGCAUCGUCUCGGACCCUCUUUGACGUCCUCCAGGACUUCAUACGCGUCUAUAAACCCCUCAUAAUCUUUCUUCCUCCUGUAUACGAGCUACCCGAUGGAGACAUGCCGUAUCCAAGUAUUACGUAUUCGUGCAAAGAUCAUGACAACGACGCCUUCCAGGACCUGCGCAUCAACACCAAUGACGUUCACCUUCUCACGUUUUGCACAUCCAGAGAGCUUCGAAACAUCAGCCGAAAGAUGAAUAGUACGAAUCUGGAGAGAGUCCGAUGGAAGGUGGUCAGCUUGGGAGUGAAUCGGACGACCAUCAACACCACGUUGACGGAGGAGAGCCGGGUGACCCUCGUCGAAUUCGAGGAGGAUGGGAGCCUCUCGCUUCGGACGACGAUGCCAGAGCUCCGUGACAGAGGGUACUACUUCGAGACGAAGGGAUACUGGAGGGCGGAGGCGGGAUUCAACUUCACGGACUGCCAGAUAAAAGAGCAAUGGCAAUUGUGGCGUUGCAUGUUCUAUGACAGCCUUGCUCCAUUGGAUUUCCAGGGUGCCCGGCUCAACAUUACGGCUAAUAACAAUCCCCCUUUCAUUGAACUCAGAGGGACGACUCCGGUCAAGGGGAUUGACUUCAAAAUUCUGGAAACGAUGGCUAAGGCAUUCAAUUUCACGUCACAAGCGAUCGAUUUCUCACGCGGGUAUUUCUACCAAGCACUCACUUUCAUCACCGGAGCACCAACUGAGAAAAGCCGGGUUUUUGUUGUUCUGCAGCCCUUCCCAGGGAUGAUCUGGGGCCUCUUGGUCGCUGCCAUUGUGGUUAUCGCCAUCUUCAUAUAUUGCAUCACGUCUAUGGAACUCCUGAUGACGAUUCCAAGGUGGCACUGGAAGAGAUCUAAUUUCAUAGACUCUCUCUUUCUCUCCUUCGAAUUGUUGACGACCUUGGGGGCAAGCAUGGUAUGUAAGCCAGAAAGUCAUGCGACUCGUCUUCUCAUGGGUGCAUGGCUUGGCGUGGCUCUGGUCCUAACAGGGGUGUACGGCGGUCUCCUUACCGCAUUCAUGAGCUUUCCAGGGGUAAACAAGCCGAUUGAGACGUUAAAAGAAUUGAAGGAUGCAGUGCAAGCUUCUAAAGAGACUUGGGGUCUACUAGGACGUGGAACCUCGCAAAUGACCCUCUUCGAGAGCUCGACGGAGGGACUGUACAAAGAGCUAUGGGACGCCAUAAAGGAUGACCAAUUGGGACAUCUGUUUAGCAACACUGAAGAUGGGAUCAAAAGAGUACUCGGAGGAGGCUUUGCCUUCAUCCAUCCGAAAAUGUCUCUCAUGUACAACAUCAAUAAUUCUGGAUACAAAAAUUUCUACAUGGCCUCCGACCAGUUUUACUUUCAGGGUUCAGGGAUAGCCCUGAGAAAAGGAUCGCCUUACAGGGACAAAAUUGAUGAAUUUUUAAUCCGUCUUCAGUCAGGAGGGCUGAUUGAUCAUUGGGCAUUGGAGCUUUUACCUCCGGAUGUGAGUCUCUUGACAGUCCUGGAUCGUUCCAAUUCCGACGAACGGCCGAUCAAGAUCGAAGACCUUCAAGGUGCUUUCUACAUCCUCUUAAUUGGAUAUGUGUUCGCGGCUGCUGCAUUCCUUCUGGAGGAACUCGUGUUCUCGUAUCAGAAGAGGAAGGAACUAUUGCUUCGGAUGAGCAUUAUGCGUCAUGAUCACAUUGAUGGCCUAGAGGUCUACGAGUUGGAGUACACAGUACAGUACGUCAGCAUGGCGGACGGAAAGAACGAGUUUCCAACCAAGGACGCUGAGAGGCUGAAGUCCGAUAUGGUGGAGAGCUUGAGACCAGUGAUCGCCGUGAGCCGACUUCUCCUCUGCUUCCCCCGGCUGAGAUCCGAUCUGUCGGGCUUCAGGUCAGGCCUCGUGCCCCGCCUCCUCCAGGGCCUCUCCUCCCUCGCGCUCGCCUCCGCUGUGGCGUUCAUUCUUGGUCUUGCGCUGGUCAACUUCUUCCUGAGGAAUCCUGCACAGCGCCUUCAAGAUCUUUUCAACUUGCUCCUCUGGCUCGCGUACGUUGCCGUCUCCUCUGCGUUCUACUUCGUCUCCAGCUUCAAAAACGGUGAUUUGAUCCGCCUGAUUCGACUGCACGAUGACUACGCCUCGGCCCUCUUCGACUGCGGAGUCACCAUUUCGACAUUCAAGGCCAAGUUGCUGAGCAUCAUAGGCGUUGCUAUAUGCGUAGCUUAUUAUGUCAUUUUUGAAACCUUGCUUCUUCUGGAGAAUUUCCAUCAGACAGGAUCAUGGAGCCCCGUUGUAUUCAACAAUGACACGUCUUCAGACGGGCGAAGAAAUCAUAUCCUUGCUUCCGUCCAAAAUGGGCUAGACCAUUACUUCUUGAACUUUUAUUAUCCACUGUCCUUCGCGUUCCUGGUGGCCAUCACCUUUCCCCUCACAGCCAAGAUGAAGGCCUUCAACGAUCUCUUGGAUCGGGGAAGACUCGACGGUCGAAAGGCGUGCGUUCUUCACGAGAAGAUCGUGGAAUUGACGAAAGUGACGAACUCACUCACGUCACCGAUCGUCUUCUUCGUUUAUGCCGAGAUGGUCACUUACACUAUUUACCUUAUCAUCGGACUCGUGACUCGUCUCCACCAUUCCCCGUGGAAUAUAUUCACUUUGAUCGUUCAGACGGCCAAGUCCGCCCUCGUCAGUUGGGUCCUCGUCCGAGCUCACCGUCCGCUUCAUUGGGCAUUCCGGCGGUUGACCGUGGAGCCGAAGUCUCUGCACCUGCGGCAGCUCGCGGAGCGAUGCGGAGGUCGGGAUGUCGCCUUGACCGGGGCCGGCCUCUUCUACGUCACUCGGCCGUUCCUCUUAUCGGUAUUCGAAGUCGUUUGCACUUUCACCAUCGUCCGGCUGCAGAUGAACGAUCAACUCGCAUGUGCCAAGGUCUAA